UGCGAUUCCCCAGGUUCCCAGCCACUUCUUUCCCCGCAUCAGCUACCACGACCCUCUCCCCCGCCUUGUUCCUGUGGCUCUCCUUCGCCUUCCCCCGCUCUUUGUUCCCUUUGAGUAGUCGUCCACACUUUCUCCCCCCACUUUGACCGCAACGCUCAAUCGCAUUUAUGGCAUGACCGCGCCGUAACGGCCGCCCAAUUUCCCCCUUUCCUUUACCCAUCUCCGCCCCUCCCUUCCUCCUUCUCUUACUCUCCUCAACUCGACGUGUCGCACGCACGCACCACCGCACCAUGGCGUCCGCACCAACGUUCAUCAACCUUCAUGUGUACUUCUUAGCCCUCGUCGCCUACUGCGGCAUCUUUCUCUUUGGCUGGGAGACGGGCGUAGCAGGUGGCGUCGUCAGUCAGCCAGGCUUCCGCACCGCCUUUCGCGUCCCCAACACGAAAAAGGCACACGAUGCCGUCUCGGCCAACGUCGUCUCGGUUCUUCAAGCCGGUGCCUUCUUCGCUUCGCUCUGCGCCUGGUUCGUCAACGACCGUCUCGGUCGACGGUGGAGUCUGUUCAUCUUCAACGCCUUCAUCUUCCUCGGCUCGGUGCUCCAGACGAUCCCCGCCAGCGGCUCUCUCGCCCUCAUCUAUGCCGGCCGCGCCAUUGCUGGUUUCGGCGUCGGUGGUGUCUCGUCCAUUGCACCUGGCUUUGUCGCCGAGUGCUCGCCCGCCAACGCUCGUGGUCGCAUCACCGGUCUCUUCCAGAUCGUCGUCGCGCUGGGCGUGCUGCUGAGCUACUUUACAAACUACGGAGUCUCCAAGCACAUUGCUCAGUCCGACCCGCGCAUCCACCGUGUCCCCUUUGGCCUCCAGCUGGUUCCCUCGGGCCUCAUGGCCAUCGGCCUCAUCUUUGUCAAGGAGUCGCCCCGCUGGCUCGCACGCAAGGGCAAGCGUGAGCAGUCGCUCAAGAACCUCGCCUUCCUCCGCCGCAAGCCCGUCCACGACGAUGAAGUCAUCCUCGAGUUUGCCGAGAUCGAGGCAUCGGCCAAGGAGGAAAUCGAAGGCCGCUUCACCCUCUUCCAGGCCCUCAAGCAAAAGGGCACCCCCAUCCGCUUCCUCAUUGCCUUUGGCCUCUUUGUCUUCCAGCAAUGGGCCGGCCAGAACUCGGUCAACUACUUUGGUCCCCAGAUCUUCCAGUCCAUCGGCUACAACGGUACCACACCCGCGCUCCUCGCCACGGGCGUCUACGGCGUCGUCAAAUUUGUCGCCACGCUCGUCAGCGUCAGCUUCGGCAUCGAACGCUUCGGCCGACGCUGGUCCCUCCUUGGCUCGGCUGCAGGCAUGGGCAUCCUCUUCUACAUCCUCGGUGCGCUCCUCAAGACCUACCCGCCCGAUGUCAACGCCACGAGCCCUUCAUCGGCAAGCAAGGGCAUGGCUGGGCUCCUCUACAUCUACUGUAUCGCCUACUCGUUUGGAUGGGGCCCCGUGCCUUGGGUCGUCGUCUCAGAGAUCUUCAACAACCGUACCAGGGCCCACGGUGUCGCGUUUGCCUCGGCCACCCAGUGGCUCUUUAACUUUUCCCUGUCGCAGGCCACGCCACGGAUGGUGACGGCGCUCGGCUGGAAGCUCUUCAUCUUUUUCGCCAGCAUCAACAUGGUCAUGAUUGUCUUUUCCUACCUCCUGCCCGAGACAAAGGGCAAGAGUCUCGAGGAGAUGGACGUCCUCUUUGGCACCAUCGAUGCCUCUGAGCAGCGCCAGAAGGUCGAGCAGGAGGAGCGCGUCAUUGAGCACCAGCUCGCGGCAGACGGCGAGAACAUGCUCGACUAUACAGCCGAUGGCGGAUCUUCCAAGGGAGGGAGUGCUGACGACAAGGACCGCCACCCAGUCUCGACAAUGACCAAGGAUGCGGCACCGUAAACUUUAGCAAUCUUACUUGUCAUGCGCAAUACCUUUCUGUUGAUGUUCUCUCUCGCCAAGUCAUUUACGAUGUCUCCUUGUCCUUGAUGUCCUGCCUAC